UACACAAAGCCGAAAUCCGACAAGCUAAAGAAGGACGACCAGAUGGGAGGGUCCAAACUAAAGGCUGCGUAUGACGGGUCUGUCCAUCAAAUAAGGGAUGAUAAGAAGGGAGAACAACCCAAGAGGCCUUGGACGGAGAAGUGGUGUACCUACCACCAAUCUGACUCCCACAACACGGCGGAUUGCCGAAAUGUCAAGGCUGUGCUCAAGGAGAUAGCCUUGAAAGGAGAGCUUGGGGAAGGUUACGCGACGGGUAAUAAGAAAGACCCGAAAGCGAACACCUGGACCCGUCAUCAAGGAAAAGACCAGGGAAGGAGAAAAUCCGGGAAGGAUAACAACAAUCUGGAUAAAGAAUUUAUACAGAUGAUUGUCGGCGGCCCAGAAGGCGGGGAUACUGCCUCCCAGCGGAAGAACUGGGCCAGGAGUUUGCACGUGGCGGUGGUUUCCCUAGAGUCGCAUGGGAAGCAGGCAAGGAGGGAACCUAUCACUUUCACUGAUAGGGAUCUGCCCAGGACGGGGGGAGAUCAUAAUGACCCUUUGGUUAUUACAAUGGACAUCAAUGGAGCUGAUGUGGCCAGGGUCCUGGUUGACACAGGAAGCAGUGUCAAUGUUCUAUACUUGGAUGCUUUCAAGAAAUUGAAGUUGGACAGGUCCAAGCUGAGGCCAUUGCAAACCCCAUUGUCAGGCUUCACUGGAGCCAGCAUAGAAGCGGAGGGUCAGAUCACCUUACCAGUUACCUUGGGGUCGGGUAACAAAAUAGUAACCAAGCAAAUGAGAUUUGUUGUGGUUGAUAUCAAGUGUGUACAUAACGCCAUUCUUGGUAGACCUGGGAUCAACCAGGUCAGGGCAAUCAUUUUUAUGGCACACUUGUGCAUGAAAUUCUACACUCCCAAUGGGAUCGGGGAGGAAAGGGGUGAUCAAAAGAACGCCCGGUCCUGCUACCUGGAAGCAGUCAAGAAGAUGACCUGCCAGUUCGAACAAAUUGAAUUGGUCUCCCAGCAGGUAGACAAGGGUGAGGAGAAGGCUAGGAUCGAGCCGGAUGCAAACACGGAGGAGAUCCAGAUUGAUGCCUCCAAUCCUGAGAGGAAGGUCAAAAUUGGGGCUGACCUUCAGGAAGAGCUAAGGACUGAGAUUGUCCAGGUGUUGACCAG